AUGGUGCCCGGUGGUUUUGAAGCUGACGAUGUCAUAUCAUUAAGAAAACUUACCACAGAUCAACUAAUAGAACGGUUGCUUCAUCUGAAGAGCCUUCAUGAGAAAGAUACUAAAGACUUCGAGGAGUACAAAGCGAGCAGCCUGGAAAUGGAGACGAUUAUGGAGCGUGAAAUAGAAGAUGCACAGCGCGAGGCUAAAGCAACUGCUGCUAAACUCCACCAGUUGAAAGUGGAGGCUGAGCGUGCACACGUUAAGAUCCUCCGCACUGAACAGGAAGGCAACCGUGCGCGCAUUCGUGAAUUGGAGCAGAGGAAUGAUGACCUGGAACGGCAUGAAAGGAACAAUCAGCAAGAAGUUGCCGAUUUAGAGCGCAAAGUGAAUGAAAUGACCGAGAGGCUCACUCUUCUGGAAAAUGAACUAGCCGAGAAACAGACAACUGCGGAGGAAAUGUAUCGGUUACGGGAGGAGAUGCGUGCUGCCGACCGUCCCCUUCUCAUGGUUGGACCCCUAAGAGCAGAACGCGUCGAUGACACUCCGGAAGAACCGACACCUAUAGAGCAACAGAAACCCGGUCUGGAAGAUAUCACUCCCUCUAUUGUGUCAGCUGCCGUCAUCUCCGAGAAAAGUAACGGAGUUUCUGUUGUUAAAAUAUCGCCAAAGGAUUCUAAUGGAAACACGGGCUCUGAGAUCUCGAUGACGCCUUUGUCGGUCGCUGGUGCAGAUGGCAAAGGCUUUGCUAGCUGUGUGAACAGGAUUGUUAAAGAUUUGUUGGUAAAGGUGGACCGACUGGAGGGCAUUCUCACAGGACUUCGUGUGCAAUCCACAAGACGUUGA